AUGGCCUGGAAGACAACGUGGCUACCGUUCCUUUUGGUAGGGGUGGCUGCCGUAUGGACAGCCCGGCCCAGGACUGAGCUUCUCAAUGUCUGCAUGAAUGCCAAGCACCAUAAGGAAAAGCCAGGUCCCGAGGACAAGCUACAUGAGCAGUGCAGUCCCUGGAAAAAGAACGCCUGCUGCUCUGUCAAUACCAGCCAAGAAGCCCAUAAGGAUAUUUCCUACCUGUACAGAUUCAACUGGGACCACUGUGGCAAGAUGAAGCCCGCCUGCAAGCACCACUUCAUUCAGGACACCUGCCUCUACGAGUGCUCGCCUAACCUGGGGCCCUGGAUCCAGGAGGUGAACCAGAGCUGGCGCAAAGAACGGUUCCUGAACGUGCCCCUCUGCAAAGAGGACUGUCAGAGCUGGUGGGAAGACUGCCGCACCUCCUACACCUGCAAGACCAACUGGCACAAGGGCUGGAACUGGACCUCAGGGUAUAACCAGUGCCCAGUGAGAGCUGCCUGCCACCGCUUUGACUUCUACUUCCCCACGCCUGCUGCUCUGUGCAAUGAAAUCUGGAGUCACUCCUACAAAGUCAGCAACUAUGGCCGGGGCAGCGGCCGCUGCAUCCAGAUGUGGUUCGACCCGGCCCAGGGCAACCCCAACGAGGAGGUGGCGAGGUUCUACGCUGAGACCAUGAGUGGGGCUGGGCUCCAUGAGGCCUGGCCUCUGCGUUUCGGCCUGGUCCUAAUGUUGCUCUGGCUGCUCAACUGA